CUGUGCAUCCAUUGAGAGACUGCCCCCAGUGAAGGACUGGCUUUCCAGAUUUUAAAAUAACGGAGUAGUUGAGUCCUCAGAAAGCAGCGGUCCCCUCAGCGCUCACAGGUGGAACAUGAAAAUGGGUCAUGGACGGGAGGAGUUUACUCUGAGUCAGCUCAUAGGACCUGUGCUGUUUUAGCGGAUCAUGUUCCUCAUCUGUGUCCUGUUCUGCUUCCACUGAGAUUUUCUACCCACCUCAGUCCAUAUAGCCUAUUAAUAUUUUUCUUAUUGGUCUUUUCGUUCUUUACUUGAUGCAAACAUCGACAUGUUUGUCAGGACAGUUUUCCUCCUCUACUUUGUUGAAUUUAUUCGCUGUAUGGAAAGUGAGAUUUGCUUUCCGAUUAAACUGGAUGACCAUAGUGAUGAGUUUGACAACGGGGUGGAUAUCAGUGUUCAAAAGCGUUUUAUAAAAUUAGCAGCUUUUCAGCAAGAAUUUGUGCUCAAUUUACAGCAAGAUUCCGAAUUCAUCGCUCCCUCCAUCUCUGUCCAAGGCGCGUUUUGGAUCCAAGACCCUGAUGUCCACAGGGACUUAAGACGGUGUUUCUACUCUGGAUAUGUGAACGAUGAUAGAGAUUCCUAUGCUGCACUGAGUCUCUGUAAGGGUUUAAAUGGUGCAUUUGGCUUCCAGGGCUGGGAAUAUUUCAUCAGCCCGGUGCGUAAUGGCACCCAGAGCGCGCAGCAGGCGCACGUCGUCCGACGCAGACGCAUCCAGGAUCUGAAGCAGAAUUCCACCUCCAGGUGUGCCGUGGAGAGCGACCUAAGCCCCGCAGAUGCGCGAUCCCUGCUGAAGUAUAGGCAUAUGACGGAGCUCAGCAGCUUAAACGAAACAUUACUGAAGAGGAUGGGGAGGGCUAAAAGGUUCGCCUCGGUCCCCCGGUACGUGGAGACGCUGCUGGCUGCAGACGAGUCGAUGGUGAACUUCCACGGAGAUGACCUAAAGCACUACCUCUUAACGCUGAUGUCGGUCGCAGCUAAGCUGUACAGGCACCCAAGCAUCCUCAACUCCAUCAGCAUCACAGUGGUGAAGAUCGUGAUCAUAUCUGAGGAGGACAAAGGUCCAAAGGUGUCCGGGAACGCAGCCAUGACGCUGCGUAACUUCUGCACCUGGCAGAAAAAGAUGAACAAGCACAACGACAAGCACCCAGACUACUGGGACACAGCUAUUCUCUUUACAAGACAGGAUCUUUGCGGAGCCUCGUCUUGUGACACUCUUGGCAUGGCAGACGUUGGCACCAUGUGCGACCCGAAGAGGAGCUGCUCCGUUAUUGAGGACGACGGCCUACCCUCAGCCUUCACCACUGCUCACGAGCUUGGACAUGUGUUUAACAUGCCCCAUGAUAAUGUGAGGGCCUGUGAGGAUGUGUUUGGAAAGCUGCAGGAAAACCACAUGAUGUCCCCCACGCUUAUCCAGAUCAAUCGAACCAGUCCCUGGUCUCCUUGCAGCGCCGCCAUCAUCACCGAGUUCCUGGACAGCGGACAUGGGGAUUGUUUGCUCGAUCAGCCUCAGAAAACAUUGGCUCUUCCAGAUGUGCAGCCCGGAUCCUCCUACGACCUCAAUCGUCAGUGUGAGCUCGCCUUCGGUGAAAGCUCUAAGCCAUGCCCAUUCCUGCAGCCACCAUGUAGCCGGUUGUGGUGUACAGGGAAGUCCAACGGUCAUCUGGUGUGUAUGACUCGGCAUUUCCCCUGGGCAGAUGGGACACGUUGUGGUGAUGGGCAGGUCUGCGACCGAGGGGUCUGCUCUGACAAACAGCUCCAGACUGUGAAGUUGGACGGACGUUGGGGUAAGUGGGGUCCAUUCGGUUCCUGUUCCCGCUCAUGUGGAGGCGGCGUUCAGCUCUCUAAACGGGACUGUGACAACCCAGCUCCAUCAAACGGAGGCAAAUACUGCCACGGAGUUCGGGUCAAAUAUCGUUCCUGCAGCCUGAACCCCUGCCCUAAAACAGAUAAGACUUAUCGAGAGGAGCAGUGCGAGACCUCCGGCCAGACUUUCAGUAGUAACCGUGUUGCCCACUCAGUAAUCUGGGUGCCAAAGUACUCUGGAAUUUCACCUAAGGACAGGUGUAAACUCAUCUGCAGGGCUAACGGGACCGGCUACUUCUAUGUUCUGUCUCCCAAGGUUGUUGAUGGGACUCCGUGCUCUCCAGACUCCACAGGCGUUUGUGUUCAAGGAAAGUGUAUCAAAGCUGGAUGUGAUGGUGUGAUUGGCUCCACAAAGAAGUUUGAUAAGUGUGGAAUCUGUGGUGGCGAUAACAAGAACUGCAAGAAGGUGUCCGGACUCUUCACCAAACCUGUGCAUGGCUACAACUUCGUUGUGAUGUUGCCAGUGGGUGCGGCCAAUGUGGACAUCCGUCAGCGAGGCUACAAGGGAAUUAGAAGUGAUGACAACUAUUUGGCAGUUAAGGACAGCAAGGGGCAUUACCUUCUCAAUGGGAAUUAUAUUGUGUCAGCCGGUGAGAGAGAUGUAAUUGUGAAUAACAGCCUGCUGCGCUACAGUGGCACAACUGGUCUCUCUGAGACCCUGCAGGCAGUGAAGCCCCUUGGAGAGGCGUUGACCGUUGAAGUGCUCUGUGCAGGAAAGAUAACACCCCCUCGCAUUCGCUACUCUUUCUACCUCCUCCGUCAGACCAAGGAGGACAAAACACUAAAGAAGGAGGAGAGUGCCAAUUCUAAGAACAGCGUCCUGCCAAAAGAUGAAAUCCACGAGAAAGCGGAAGAUCAUCUAAAAAGUUCCUACAGCAAGAACAAUGCUCCCAUGGCAAAAUGGACAUCCGGAGCCUGGGAGGAGUGCUCUGUGUCCUGUGGUAGGGGUUUUCAGAGGAGAAUGGUGCAAUGUUUAAGAGCAGAUGGGAAGCCAGGGCUAGACUGCAAUUCUUCUCAAAUACCGUCUGCCACCAGGGUCUGUGGAGACCAGUGCGCUGAGUGGCAUAUUGGGCAUUGGUCGCCCUGCUCCAGAACCUGUGGGAAGGGCUUCAAAAGACGACCUCUCCACUGCAAAGACCACACUGGGAUUCUGCUCCCAAGGGAUCUGUGCAAGGGCUUUCGUAAACCUCAGGAGCUGGACUUCUGUAACCUAAGCCCUUGUCAGUAAAUUGAAGUUACAAAAUAUUUUUUCUUCUAUUUCAAAGGAGACCAAGUGAAUCCACCAUCUAGUAUUACGUCAUUUGUGGUGGUUUCAGUUGUUGAGUCCAGCAUCAAUGGACUGCUAGAAGACAUUAAAGGAGAGGCUAA